AUGGAGAAUGAUCCACAGGAAGAGGUCAUAGAUACCUCAACUCAAAAGUUUUCUGCAAAGCCAAGAGCCAUUGAUAGACCAAUGUCAGCCAUAAAAAGAAUGAUGAUGCAGAAGAGAGAAGAGAAAAAGCAGCCUUCAAAGGAACCUGGACUUCCACUUGAGUGCCCCUAUUCAGGAUGUAUGAGAAAAUUUGUAAGCUCUGAACAGCUCACCGGUCAUAUCAGCAGAAGUCAUAAAACAAAAGAUGAAGAUGGGUCCCAGAAGACGGCUAGUACUCCUAUGCCAGUUAAAGCUAAAGCUAAGGAUCAAGAAAUAGGGGAGGAGCAGAAAAAGUUUUUAAAAGAAAUUGUACGCAAGAACAAACCUCAUGACUACAAACCAAGACCUGCUACAAGUUUUGUUCCAGAAAAUCAGCAGGAAAAUGCAGGUUUCAAAUGGCUCAAAAAUGUCAGGCCGGAAGAAGUUCCUGAAGGAGUGAGGUAUAAAUAAAAGAUCUCGCCCCCAAACAGCCAUACCUAAGGCGAAGACUUUACUUGAAAAGAACGAUUUCAUUGAGAAAAAGCUGAAAGCUUUACAAGAUAUAGAAUCCAAAAUUGAUUCAGAAAUCUCAUUUGAGAUAGACAUUAAAAACAAAGAGCAAAAUCAGGAUAAAGGAAUCGAUGCAGACCUAGAGCUAGUUCUAGAAAAAUCAAACUGAGAUACUCUAGAACAGAUAGAAUGCUUAAUAAUCCGGGAAGGAAAUAUCAGAAAAUUUGAAAAUACUCCGAAAAUGAACUUUGAUGACAUGGUCAAUAUUGAAUGCCUCUGUCUUUCUCAUAAUUUACUAAAGGAUAUCACAAGUAUCGGAACAAUGACAACUUUAGUAGAACUGAAUCUGAACUUUAACCUGAUCUCUGAUAUUAUGGCACUUGAAGAAAUGACUAAUCUGGAGAAACUAUAUCUAGCUCACAAUAAGAUAGCAGAUAUAACACCUAUCGCUAAUCUAAAGAGACUUGAUACAGUAGAUUUCACCAAUAACGAUAUUUUUUACGAAGAAAGUACCUUAAAUACUCUUUACCAACUUCCAAAGCUCAAGGAUCUGUCAAUCUCCAAAAAUCCAGUAUACUCAAAGGAAGGAUUUAAGCACCAUCUUGUCCUAAAGCUACGCUUACAAACUCUGGAGUAUGAGAAAAUUACAGAUCUUGAUAAAGACAUUGCAAGGAUGUUUUAUAAGCAAUCAGGACUUUCCCUACCUGAGCCAAAGAAGCAGCAAGUAAGAGUCCAAAGAAGCGCUAAGCCAUCUGAAGAGAACGAGGAGAGCAGCUAUCCCUCCUCUAACAAAGAGAACAAAAACCUAAAAUCCCGUUUGAAAAAGGUGAAAUUUGAUGACCAAGAGUCUACUCUCACAAACGGCCAGUUAGAACUGCGUAAACUUCACAAGAGGAUAUCUAAACUAACUGAAGAGAAUGAGCAGCUAAAGCUCCAACUGACUGAGAAGAACUAUGAGUUCACGUACAAAGAAAACCAAAUCAUGAAAAUUGAACUGAACAAUAUGUACAUCCUUGAAGAAGAAAACAAGGAUCUUAAGAAGGAUCUUGAUAAAUACAGAAAAAUGGAGCUAGAAGGUGAGAUUGGCAACUACAUGGAUGGAAAGCUCAUUCCUGAAAGCGAGAAAGUUAAAGCCCUCAAGAGCGAGAAUGAGAUGCUCAAUGUCAGAAUAGGAGAACUGCUGGAGAGACUUUAUAAAGUCGAGCAGAAGACAGAAGAGAUCGAGACUAGAGCAACCAAGAAUUCAGCACAGGAAAUUGACCAAAAGAUUAUACUUAGCAAGAUGUAUGAUGGGCCACUUGAAAGACCCCAGACUGCUCAAGCGGAGUCUGGGUAUGAUCCAUUGUUGAGUAAGAUUGAGGAGGAGCUCGACCUUGAUAUUCAGAAGAUGCUUGAGAGGAAUAAGAAGCAGCUAAGUGAGCUCAAGCAUGAAAUGGAGGAAGUUAAAAACAUGAGACCUCCUCGUAAGAGAGCCUAAAUUUAGCACUUGAGUUCAAAAGUAUUU